CGAAAAUGCAUUAACUUGAGACAGGAGAUAAGCUGGGUCGCUCGGCAAUACACGGCAGAGCCUCGGCAACGUCCGUCUGGUAUGAGACCCGGGCGUAAAAAUUGAAUUCGCAUUCGGAAAGAACCUGAACCUGAACAAGACACCCGACCUUGCUCGACGACAGCGACACUUUAGACCCCAUGCCCACUGGCUCUCCCUUGCCAUCACCCAUGGCCUUGAAGAGGUCCUCGCCGCAGCACUCGAUGUUCAAGAAGCGGUCGUCGCAGUCACUGUCUCACAUGGCCUCGGCGGCAUCCUAUCUAUCUGCACUGUCUCAAGCAGACGCUCGUGCACGAAACAGCAACGGGAUGUCGCCUACAUCGACACCGGCGUUGUCCUUGUCGUCGUCGGUCACCUCAUCAUCGGAAGAUACUGUACUCAACGAGGACGAUGAACUCGACAAUGGCGACGGUUUGGUUAUUCCUACUCGUCCCCCCACGUCUGAACAGGUCUUCACGACCGUUCACUCUGAGUUUGGGCACUGCGCCAAUGAGGAAUAUCGCUGUGUCUCCCAGCAUACCCCCGGUACUAUUAUCCCCGGCCACGUCGAGCAGGAUCCCCCAUACUACAUCCUCCUUUCAACAUACAUUAGUUACCUCAUUCUAAUCUGUCUUGGUCACUUCCGCGAUUUCUUUGGAAAACGUUUCAACCCAUCCGCCUACCGACAUUUGAUGGCCCAUGACGGAUAUGCCCCUCUGAACUCGGAUUUUGACUCCUUUUACACUCGUCGCCUGAAACUACGUAUGGACGAGUGUUUCUCCCAGCCAAUCACAGGUGUUGCAGGCCGUACUAUACAGCUUCUUGACCGCUACUCUCCCGAUUACAAUCAUACCCAAAUCCUCACCGGGACGCGUACCCGAGCGCUUAACAUCUCUUCAUACAAUUACCUCGGCUUCGCACAGGCUCGGGGCGGCUGCGCCGAUGUUGUGGAAGAGACCAUCAAGCGAUAUGGCGUGACAACAUGCGGUACGCGUCUGGAAGGUGGAACGAGCGAGUUGCACACAUUUAGUGAGGCGCUCGUUGCUCAGUUUCUUGGAGUGGAAGAUGCGUUAAUCAGUUCCAUGGGUUUUGCCACCAACUCGAAUUAUAUUCCUGCUCUAGUCGGCAAGGGCUGCCUGAUUAUCUCCGACGAACUCAACCAUGCCUCGAUUCGCUUUGGUGUGCGUUUGAGUGGAGCAAGCGUGCGCACAUUCAAGCAUAAUGAUAUGGCGAGCUUGGAAUCACUUCUCAGGGAGGUCAUUAGUCAAGGCCAACUCAAGACACACAGGCCCUGGAAGAAGAUCUUACUUAUCGUGGAAGGCCUGUACAGCAUGGAAGGGACUUUUGUCAACCUUCCUGCCAUAAUGGAGUUGAAGCGAAAAUACAAGUUUUAUCUGUUUAUUGAUGAAGCACACUCUGUGGGCGCUCUUGGUCCUCAUGGUCGUGGUGUGGCAGAUUACUUCAAUGUCGACCCUCGCUCUAUUGACAUAUUGAUGGGUACAUUCACAAAAUCAUUUGGCGCCGCAGGUGGGUACAUUGCCGGGAACAAAGCGCUCAUUGACCGUCUUCGCCUCCGUGGCUAUUCUGGAGCCUAUGCCGAGGCCAUGACCCCUCCAGUGCUAACCCAGAUUAUAGCCAGUAUGGCUAGUAUCAUGGGUGUCAAUUUGCCUCCACCAUCGACCUCUUCUCGACACGGAAGUGUUGGUCCUGCCGACGAAAUAUAUCAAUACCCUGGCCCCGUACCAGCAAGCUCACUUCCUUCAUGGGUUACCCUCCCAACUGCAUUGUCUUCUAGUGAAGAAGGGCGUGACCGGCUACGUCGUCUCACCUUUAAUUCGCGAUAUUUCCAUUCUGGACUGGUCAAACUCGGCUUUAUCACCUACGGCCAUCCGUCCUCACCGGUUAUUCCCCUUCUAGUGUUCAAUCCCGGAAAAAUGAACAUGUUCCAUAGGAUGAUGAAGGAUAGGAAAACUCCCAUCAUUGUGGUAGUUGUUGCAUAUCCGGCAACUCCCCUGGUCACGAGUCGUGUUAGGUUCUGCGUGAGCGCGGCACAUACAAAGGAAGACAUUGAUUGUAUCCUACGGGCAUGUGAUGAGGUCGGUGAUAUCCUCGACUUGAAACAUGGAAUCCCCAAAUCGGAGAGGUGGGCUAUCGAGGAUAUUGUUGGUAGGGCCGUUGAGUUGGCUAACGCAUGAACUUUUACACGGAUGGCAUGAACUCAGUAAUCUGUGUUACAUAGAUGGGUGAAUGCUGGAAUGACUGAUGACUUUCUAUUUUCAAUACUUUAUUUUCAUGUCGAGUAUUUAAUGAAUCUAUCUGUGUCUUCUGUACCCC